GCAUAACCACUGCGAAGGACGUGUGUGCAUGCGAUAUACAGCAAGAGAGGGCACACAGACCAGCAGGUUUAAAUUCUGCAGAUGCGCAUGCCAGGGAUCUGUUUGUUGCGUUGGACAGAGAGGCAAUGGGCAUAGCCCGAAUAAAGAGGCAGGUGCUGCCAAAGGUGCUUCGGGUCCUUGAAGAGUCAGACAGUCUGUCCAGCAUGCACGAGCCGUACGAGGAGUACACAGCAGAGAGCCUAGUAAGGCCGCCAGCCAGUCCAGAAUAUGGCAUGAAAAUAGCUAGGUUUGAAGAGCUGGGCUUGAAGAAGGAAAGUCUCAAGAAGGCCGUGGAUGCCAUCUAUUGCGCACUAAGUGUGGAGUGGGGUGCAGUGCGCGCUGCAAAAGAAAGCACCUCUGUUACAAAGGAGUACUUUAUGGCGUAUUUAUUGGCUGCGAUAGAGUUCCAGUGGGCCCAGUGCAAGGCAAUGAAGGCGGAGCUGGAGUAUUUACACACAAAGACUGCCCGAAUGCACGCGCUGUGCGAAGCCAGGCAGAUCGAGAAAGAGCACGCCUGCCAGACAGGCCACCCAGGCCAGGCUGCGGAGCUAGGCCAGGCGGUCAAAGAAAGCUUGAUCAAAAUGGAUGGCAUACAAGAGAGCCUUGAUUAUCUGGAUAGAACCUACACCAGCGAGAGAGACAAGACAGCCAGACUAGUAGACAGGACACAAAAGUAUGCAGCCCUCUAUGUAACACAAGAGGAGCACAGAGAGCAAAAGGAGACUAUAUCCCGCCUAUCCAGUCUGUGCAGACACAUUGAGGAUGCACUCCCAGCAGCUCUGAGGCUGGAAUAUGAUGAGUUUAAGUAG